AUUCAGUUCCAGAAACGAUUUGCAAAAUAAAAACAAUAAAGAAAAAUAUUUUUAAAAUACUACUUAGCGCACGACAGGCUAAAGUAGUAAACUAUGGACGCGAUAAAAAGAAAAAUUGACGGAUGGCUGAACAAACCAAAGCCAAAUGACCAAUCACUUUUUGCGAGAUUCUAUUAUGCUGACAAAAAUUUGACAUAUGUGGCGAACGAAUUAGAUAGUUUUGAUGGAAGAGCUGAGCCCGAGAGAUGCAGCAGACUAGUAGGGAAAUUACGUCAGGGUCAAGACAAAGUACUGGGUAUUAUCAAUCAAAUUAUGGAUGAAUUACUUGAGGAAGAAAGUCGAGCAUGUCGUGCAUAUCGUGCGAAAUUUCCAGAGGAAGUCCUACAAGAGAGUUUAGCAGGACAGUUGUGGUUUGGAGCAGAAUGCUUAGCAGCAGGAUCAUCGAUUUUAAAUAAAGAAUUAGAAAGUUCUACAAUGAGACCACUUGCAAAAGCUGUUUCAAAAAGCUUAGACAGCAUUCGAAAUCAGUUGAGAGAACAGUGCCUUCGUAACAACUCUUCUAGUUCGUCUAAAAUCAAUUUAGAUGCAAACGAAUCAUCAACAGAGAUCCUUUUGGAAAGUCUUAAAAUAUUUGAUCGUGUUUUUGCAGAGUUUGAAUUCCUUUACGUAAGCGCAAUGGUACAAGUUAAAACGAAGGAAGAGCUUGAGACACAAGAUUUGAUUUGCGUCCUAUUCUCAGAAACUCUUCAAAGAGCCCUUUCAGUGGGACUGCUUACACAAGAACAAGUUGAUUCUUAUGAUCCAGCGCUAAUGUUCUCCGUUCCACGUUUAGCUAUUUUAGCAGGCUUACUGUAUUAUGAAGACGGUCCACUCAAUAUAGAGAAAUCUGUCAAUCAAAUGUCGGAGAUGUUUAAACCAUUCAGGAAACUCUUGAUUAAACUCCGUGAGCUUCUUUUGAGUCUCUCAAAAUCAGACUUGCAUCAACUAGAAAUAUUGCUUUGCACUAAUGAGCAAAUGCCCGAUGACCAACUUGGAAUGCCUCAAGUUCAAGAACAGAAUUUCGAAUAUGAGUUCAAAGAUAAAUCAAAAACAAACAACUACUACAAUGAAACAAUAUUCAAACUAGCAGAUUUCAAAACUGCUGAUAUGCCAAAUACUGCUGAUGAAGACACAGAAAGUAUUGUUGGUUUUUUGGUAUCAAAUACCAAUCUAGGAAAUUUAUUAAACUUGGAUGAUGAACUUUUAUGCAACACCUCUCAAAAUUGUGCAGAUACUUCCGAUUCUGGUUUCAAUACAGGAAACACCAGUGUAGACCACAGUCCCGAAAAUGAAUCAUUUUACUCCAUGGAGAAAGAUGAGAAAAACAAAAGUCAUAGUGCAGGCUGUGAAAACUCAGACUACGUGUGUUCUGAGUUAAAAACACCUAUACAAAAAGGUUCUCAAAAUCCAUUUACUGACACACUUAUACAUAGAUUAUUUGUUUGUAUUGCUGGAGUUGCUGACCAACUUCAAACAAAUUUUGCAGCUGAUUUAAGACGAAUACUAAGAAUUGUUUUUACAAUAAACGUAGACAGUAACAAUGGAAUUGAAUUAAAAGCUAGUGAUAACCAAGAGACUUUUGAGGCAAUGAGUGAUGACAUUUCUAUCGGUUUAGUUAAUGCUUUAAAUGAAACGGAUGACUAUUCUUUGCAACAUGUUCCAAAUGAUAUCAGUUUUGUAAACUCAUCGUCAUCACAAUUAUCCCACUCUCAAGCAAAUCAAACAGACAUUCCACAACAAUGCAAUAGCAACACACAGAUGAAUAGUCAUGCAUCAAGAUUACAAGAGCAACAACAACAGCCACAAAGUCAUGAAUCGAUACUACAAGCUCCAAAGUGGAUUGCCGACAAUGAUGCCCCUGUCUGCAUGAAUUGUGCACUUCCUUUUCAUUCGUUUUUUAGACGUCGACAUCACUGUCGAAAUUGUGGAGGGGUGUUUUGCAAUAUAUGUUCUAGCUUAUGUACCCCAUUGCCAAAGUAUGGGCUCUACAAAGCUGUACGCGUGUGUAAAGAUUGUUUCACUAGUGAAUCAAAGAGCUCAAAAUAAUUAUUUUCUAAUAAAAUUUGUUUUACAUUGUGUAGGAACAUAGCAUAUAGUAUAUAAUAAAAUAGUAUUAGGUCUACUCUGUAUUUUUUCAAAUACGAGCUAGAACGCCCGGAAAUGGUAUACAGCUUCGUAUUAUCAUACUAAUAAAAAGUAUAACUCGGUUUUUAAAA